GCCCUGCAGCUUCCAUUUUCGCCAUCCUCUGUCUACCUUACGCGUGAUCACGAAUCAAUACUCUCUCUCUCUCUCUCCACCAAAAGAGCGUGGAAACUAUAUAACCUCCGUGUCUGUUCCUCGCACGUUCCUGCAGAAUGAUUUCAAGACAGACUUUUCUGAGAGCAGUGGUUCUUGGUUGUGGAGGAGAAAGAAAGGUUUGGGCUUUAUUAGAGAGAAGAACAAUGAUGAACGGAGUGGAGAAAACGAAUGGAGAAGAUCUUGCCACGGAGGAACAGCUUAUCACUCCAUGGACUGUCUCUGUUGCUAGUGGAUAUACUUUGUUGAGGGAUCCACGCCACAACAAAGGGCUUGCCUUUACUGAGAAUGAAAGGGAUGCACAUUACUUGCGUGGCCUUUUGCCUCCAGCACUCAUGACCCAGGAACUCCAGGAGAAAAAAUUGAUGCACAACCUACGCCAGUAUGAAGUUCCUCUUCAACGAUACAUGGCCAUGAUGGAUCUCCAGGAGAGGAAUGAAAGGUUGUUUUACAAGCUUUUGAUCGAUAAUGUGGAGGAACUUUUGCCAGUUGUGUACACUCCUACAGUUGGCGAGGCUUGUCAGAAAUAUGGGAGCAUUUUCAGACGCCCUCAGGGUCUUUACAUCAGUUUGAAAGAGAAGGGCAAGAUUCUUGAAGUGUUGAAGAAUUGGCCGGAGAGUAAUAUCCAAGUUAUUGUUGUUACUGAUGGUGAGCGCAUCUUGGGGCUUGGGGAUCUUGGUUGCCAGGGAAUGGGGAUUCCAGUAGGAAAACUCUCUCUGUAUACAGCACUAGGAGGAUUACGUCCCUCUGCCUGCUUGCCUGUAACAAUUGAUGUUGGCACAAACAAUGAGAAGUUAUUGAAUGAUGAGUUCUACAUUGGGCUUAGACAGAGGAGGGCAACUGGACAGGAAUAUGCAGAGCUUCUAGAAGAGUUCAUGACUGCAGUUAAAAAGAACUACGGGGAAAAGGUCCUUGUACAGUUUGAAGAUUUUGCAAAUCACAAUGCAUUUGAGCUACUGGAAAAAUACAGCCCGACUCAUCUUGUCUUCAAUGAUGACAUACAGGGCACUGCAUCUGUGGUGUUGGCAGGGCUUCUUGCAGCUCUGAAAUUGGUUGGUGGAGCCUUGGCGGACCAUAGAUUCUUAUUCCUGGGUGCAGGAGAGGCUGGAACUGGUAUAGCUGAGCUUAUCGCUCUUGAGAUAUCAAAACAGACUAAAGCUCCACUUGAAGAGACCCGCAAAAAGAUUUGGCUUGUGGACUCAAAGGGACUGAUUGUUAGCUCGCGUAAGGAGUCACUUCAACACUUCAAGAAACCUUGGGCUCAUGACCAUGAGCCUGUCAAAGGGCUCUUAGAUGCUGUUAAGGCAAUCAAGCCAACAGUUUUGAUAGGAUCAUCUGGAGUUGGGAAAACAUUUACAAAGGAGGUGGUUGAGGCCAUGGCAUCAAUUAACGAGAAACCACUAAUUCUUGCUCUCUCCAAUCCUACCUCACAAUCUGAAUGUACGGCUGAAGAAGCUUAUACAUGGAGCAAGGGUCGAGCAAUCUUUGCUAGCGGAAGCCCAUUUGACCCUGUUGAAUAUAACAGAAAAGUUUUUGUACCUGGCCAGGCAAACAAUGCUUAUAUAUUCCCUGGAUUUGGGUUGGGAUUGAUCAUGUCUGGUGCAAUUCGCGUGCACGAUGACAUGCUUUUGGCAGCCUCUGAAGCUUUGGCUGCACAAGUAAAACAAGAAAAUUUUGACAAGGGGCUGAUUUACCCACCAUUUUCCAACAUUCGAAAUAUAUCAGCCAACAUAGCAGCUAAGGUUGCUGCUAAAGCGUAUGAACUCGGUCUGGCAUCUCGUCUGCCUCGUCCUAAAGACCUUGUCAAGUAUGCAGAGAGCUGCAUGUACAGCCCAGUCUACCGCAGCUAUCGUUAAACUUAGAGAGGAAUUGUGCAUUUUGCAAGCAGCAAUUUGCUCGGAGCUACUUUCAAUCUGUUUUUCAUGUUUCUUUUACAUUCAAUCUCAAGCGGAAAGAGUUCCCUACUCUGGCUGUAAUUUUGAGAUGAUCCUAUUUGUUUAGGCUAACUAUGCUAUUUAUUGCAAUUGUGCCGAAUAAAAAUAAUUUUAUUAUUCUUCGGAUUUUAAUAUCAUUAGUUUUCAUUUUUUUAA